AAUCUGCAAAGUUGCUUAUGAGUCUCUUGGAAAGGCCAUUUUUACUCUACAAAGUGUAUUUAUUUAUUUUUGCGAGGUUGGUAGAUCUGUGUGGUGCAAGUCCUGAUGUGAAGGAAACCAGAGCCAGUUUUGCUACUUCUUGCCGUGAAUUUUAUUAUGGUGUGGCAAUGGAGAAAGAGGGAGGUGUAAGCAAACUUGCCCCAGAUGAACAAAUUCAUAGUAACAAUAGCAGAAUAUCUUCUGAUGGACCCAGUAUGCCUAGGUCACCUAAAGCAGAAAAGAGUUCAAAAGGAGCUGCUGAUAAACGAUCGGACUUGGAUUUUAUCUUUGGCAAACUUAUAGGAGAAGGAAGUUUCUCAAGCGUUUACCUUGCAAAGGACAUACACACAAAUCAGGAAUAUGCAGUUAAGGUUUGUGAAAAACAGUUAAUUAUACGGGAGAAGAAAGUGCAGCAAAUAACCAGGGAAAGGGAUGUAAUGAACCUACUCAACAGCAACCAGAACCCUACGGCUCCGUUUUUCGUUAAACUUUCUUACGCCUUCCAAGGAGAGCACAAACUUUAUUUUGUUAUGACGUACUGCAAGAAUGGGGAACUUUUGAAUCUCAUACAGCGAGUUGGUAAUUUUGAUAGAGAAUGUGCACGGUUCUAUACAGCUGAGCUUGUGAGAGCAUUAGAGCAUCUACACUCCUUAAACAUAAUUCACCGGGACCUUAAACCCGAAAACAUUCUUCUAGAUGAACGUAUGCACAUCAAAAUCACAGAUUUCGGUUGUGCAAAAAUACUAACUCAAGAGGAAGUAGAUGGCGUUGAUGAUGGUAGAGGACGUAAAGGCAGUUUUGUUGGAACAGCUCAGUAUGUUUCUCCAGAAAUGUUAGAAUCAAAAAGUUGUGGUCGGGCAUCAGAUUUGUGGGCCCUUGGCUGCAUCCUUUACCAGAUGGUAUCUGGUCUUCCACCAUUUAGAUCAAGGAGUGAAUACUACAUCUUCCAGAAGAUAUUAAAGCUGCAUUACGAAUUUCCUGAGGGAUUCUGCGAAGAAGCUAGGGACUUGGUUGAGAAACUUUUGGUUAUUGAAGCAGACCAAAGAUUAGGGGCUCAAGACAGAGAAGGCUAUCCAAGUAUAAGAAGCCAUCCUCUUUUCGCUAAUCUAGAUUUUGACUCUUUACAUGAGAUGACGCCUCCAAAAAUUGCCCCGUUUAUGCCACAUGUUGACAAUGAGGUUGAAUGGGAAUUUAAAAACCAGCCUGGAUUGGGACCAAUUGAGAUGAAAUUAAUACUUGGUCUUGAUUUCAAAGAUGAAGAGAAAUCCAAGAAUGACAAGGCUGGUGACAAUGAAAUCUCUAAGAAAUCAGUGAAAAAGAAUAUCGCAGAUGUAAGUCAAGAAGAGUAUAUAUUGCGGCUUGCUGUGCAAGAGCGGGAGAACAAAUGGCACAAAUUUGUGGAAGGCAACCUUAUUCUGAAGCAGGGGCUCAUGGAUAAGCGAAAGGGCCUGUUUCCAAGAAGACGAAUGUUUCUGUUGACAACUGGACCACACUUGUACUAUGUAGAUCCAGUUAAUAUGGUACUGAAGGGCCAAAUUCCAUGGAGUUCCUCGAUCUGUCCUGAUGCCAAGAACUUUAAGACAUUUUUUGUCCAUACGCCGAACCGAACAUAUUACCUGGAAGAACCCGAUGGUUAUGCACUAAAAUGGUGCGAGGCCAUAAACGAGGUAAAGAACUUUUAUUACCCAGAAAAAACGACGUGAUUCUUAGUACUGUACUGGCUAACAACACUGCAUUUGGGAGCAGCAUGAUUUUCACUAGGUAAUAUUAUGUAUGAACAGGCACUCAAGUAAGCUAGGAAUUAGUCAAAGGUCAUAUAGAAUGUACUGGUGAAUGGAGAAGGUAUAUAUAAUAGUGUAUUUAAGAUGGUAUAGUCAGAGCAGGACUCGAGACAAACACAUCAAUGACUUCAAGCUGAUACUUUGCCUAAGCCAGUGGUUCUCAUGAUAGGGUUUCUAGAGAUUAAAGUACUUAGUCAUUCAUUUUAAAGCUAAUAUAAUGACAGUUGUUAGUAAAUCACAGUAAUUCCCAACACAGCCAAAUAAUAUUGGGGACCCCGGAUAGUUUUUGAAUUUGUCUGCCACAAAGAUGUAAUAAUGUACGUUCAUAUAAUUGUUUUAAAUUGGUUUUUAAUACAUGCUUUUAAAUGCAUUUCAUAUACUUAUAUAAAUUGUGCAAUCUUUUAUUGAGUAAUAAAUUUUUAAUGAUUUUAUUUAAAGCUAUUGUCCGCUGGCAAGUGGGUAUCCUGUACAGUAUUUGGAAAUAAUGUAUUGUUUAUGAUGCUGUAACAUAAAUUCCAUAUACUGGUCAGUAUUGUCUUACUUUAAGAUCCAAAUUCAUAUUUUUGCAAUUCUGUUUCAGAUGUGUAUCAUUUAAUAUUUCACAGCAGAAUAACAUUGGGUAAAUAUAUUGUCAAUAUAGCUGUACAACAUAAAGUAAAUGGGCUUAAUUGCUUUGCUUAAUUAAUCAGCUUGCUACUUUUUUUAUAUAUAUAUAACACUCCUAAUCAAGUGUUCAUACACUCACAUUAUAAAUUUUUCCUCUAAUUUUUCCAUAUUUGUUGCACAAAUAUGGUUAUUGAACAAUUGAAAUUGUAUUAUCAUAAAAUUAUUGCUUUUUGAAAUAUAAGCAUGUGAAAGUUUAACUACAAAGUGUGAUCUUUGAUCUUUUAUUGUCCAUAUUUCUAAUCAAAGCUGAUGUAGGGAAGUAAGAUACUAAAAGUAUUAGUACUGUACUCUUAUUCCAUUCGUAUGUGCAUUAACCCCUGAGAAAAUGAUCUUUCUUCAGGUGACUUUGACCAUGAGUAAGCAGCAAAGCAAAAGGCCUUGUGUGAUCAAUUCUAUCACUUGUGUUUUGGUACAGAAUUGAUGAAAUUCCAUUUGUUUCUGCAGAAUAGAAAGUCUACUAAUUGUUUCCACAGAUUAGAACCUCUUUUUAAUUGCUUCCACUGAGUAUGAAUUAUAUUAAUUGUGUCCACAGAAGGGAAAACUCUCUUAAUUAUUUCUUCAGAAACAAACUUACCUAACAGAACUAAGCUUUUGUGUUUGUGGAAGAAUUGCCUUUUGGCAAACAUAAAGCUAUCAGUUCAGUUUUUUAUGCCCAUGACAAAGGUCAAACUUAGCAUGGUUUUACUAUCAAAAUUUGAGAGUACUUGAGGGACACGGACCGCUAAAGGCCUUGAGAACAAUUCUACUACACUGGUCCUUGGAAGGCUCCUAAAGUUACAACAGGUUGCCAGAAGAGUUUUCACCAUUGGUAACAAUCAAAUAUGUAAAUACUGUCCACAAGGAAAUCACAGUGGCGUGUUAUAUCGAUGAAAAACAUUUGGAGGCAUGGAGUGAGUGACUCGAACCCACAUUUUGGUGAAUCCCAGACACCUGGGAUUAUUUCAUGUAAAUGCUGUAUUUGCAUGGUUGGAUUUAACUUAAUUUUUUUUUGUGAUGCCUAAAUUUUAGAUACACAUACACUAGGAUAUCACAAAAGCACAAUACAUAUAUCUUUGCAAAAUUCAUUGCAGCUGGAUAGGUACUGACCUCCCGUUACUACUUACUAUGGUGACGAUUUAUAUAAUAUAAUCUCUCUGAUUAUUUCAUCAGUUCUGCACCAUAACAUGUCAGUCAUGAGCCAAACAGGACCUAUAUUCUUGUUGUGCAUUCAAAGUCAAAUGUUGAAUGAAAAAAAAAAAGUUUUCAGAACCUGUACUUGCCACAAAAUUGUCUAACCAGGUUUAGAUGUUCGAGUUAUUGAAGACGAGUGAUCACACUUUGAGGAAUAUUUGUAAUAUUUUUAGUUCAUGAUCUCUGCACAUUAAACACAAAUUGGGGUUGGGGUGAUAUGUAUAGAUCAAGAGCAAUAUUGGCUUUUGUGGCAUGAAAAUUGUGAUGAAGGCACUUGAAGUGACUGUUAUAACUUAGAGAAUUUUAUUACAGUAAAUGCUGUUGCUGUGUUAUAUACAGUAUUACAGUUUUCAGUAUUACAAUACAGGCUGCUGUUGUUUUUUUUAUAUAUAUUAUCAAUAACUGCUGUACUGUAUUUAUAGUUAUGAUUAAGCAAAUAUAAUUGUGUAUCCUCAUCAAGGGGAUGCCUUACGGAUUUUAUAUUUUUUUGUUUUGUUCACAGAGGAUAUCUUGGGAUUGCCUCUAAGGGCUCAAUUUCAACUUUAACACUUACAGGUGGAUAUAUCAAGUGGGACUACUGUUGAAAUAUGAGAAUUAGCUCACUGGCUGCCAUUUUGGAAACAAACAUUUUCUUGCAGUGAGAUCUUCCUUGUAAAUGUCAUGACUUUGAAAUCAAAACAUUUCAUAGAAACUUUGUAAAAAUAGCUUCCACAGUUCUACAACGAAACAGUGAGAACGUAUAAGGAAUGAGAUUCAUUUUUAUUAGUGUAAUACAAGAAAAUUUAUAGCAUCUUUAAUUCAUUUAAAUUACACUUCUAAAAUAUACAUUGAUGUGUGUUAAUUAACACCCUUAGAGAUCAAUAUUGUUCAACUAGUAUUAAAAGCAAGUACAGUACUCCGUUUAUAAACAAAAAGCGUUCCUGCUUGUCUUUCUUGUACAUUAAAAUGUCAUUGGCUUUCAACACUGUACCUAAAUUACACCUUUAGUUAGUAUACAUUUUACAAUGAUUAAUCUGAAUCGUAAGACAUGUAAAUUUUGGUGGCACCUUACCCAAGUUUGCACACAUUUCCCAGUGGCAGGGUAGUCUAGAGUUGUAGUGCCUGGGUAACCUCAGUUGAAGUUGCAAUCCAUAGGGUUUUUCACUUCAAUUUUAAUACGUCUAUGCCCUGGGAUUAUUUUAUAUAUUUUUUCAUUAGCUUUUAAAAAUAAUUACAUACAAAUAUUUUAUUAGGGUGUCUUUUGUGAUUAGAUAUAUUUUCUCAACUAUUUUUGAACCUCUGGUUGUCUAAUAUGUCUGGUGUCAAAUUUACAACUCUUCUAAAAGUGUGUAUACAGUAGUAGAUUAUACCAAAAUCUCUCGGUGCAUUUUCAAAGUUCAAGACUUUUAGUAACUUCUGUACUUUAAAAAAAUACAACAAAAUAAUUCUAAGGGUAUUUAUUUGUUAGCUAAAAAUUUAACAAACAUAAUUCCUUUGCACAUAACAUACUGUAAAAAUUGGUUCUUAUUUUAUUACCAAGUUUGUCUUUCUUCUACUGAUAAGUAAACUAUGCUGUAGUCAAUAUUUUUUUACUGCUUCUUUAUUUCCUGAAAAAAAAUUUAAUUUUGAAAAUAAAAUUGAUUGAAAAAGUAUAGGUCAGUUUAGAGUAUAUAAGUUUUGGGCUGAACAUUCAUGUGUCUAGGUAUAUAUUUAUAUCUUUGGACAACUAUAUUUUAUAUAUAAAAAACAUGUAUAGUUAGAAAUUAAUGUAACAAUGAUAUUUACAAUAUGUUUUGUCAUUAACACUCGUACUGUGCAAUGUCAUCGUUAAUUAUGUUUAGUUCCUACAGUUAUUUUUAUUUUAAUUGUAAAAAUUUAAUUCCAGAUUUAAAUUUUUCCAGAUUCCAUUUCAACUAAAUAAUAGUUUCCUCAUAUAUUAUAGUUAAAUUGUUUGAUAUUUUUACUUGUGUAUUUUAAGAUCCACAAAAUUCUAAGUCAUAUCUUUCGAUUUUUGUUUCUAGCACCAGUUGUAUUUGAAUAUGAACGCAUUAUUUUCUCAGUUUAAUUUUUUAUUUUUUUUUAAUUUUAAUAAUAAUGAAACCUACAGUAAAUAUAUUAUAAAUAUUUUUCUGGUAUAGUUGGGAUAAUGCGUUCCAAACUAUAUACAGUAUUUAUUUCUGGUGCAAAUUGCUAUGUAUAGUAUACGUAAUGUACAGACAUGCACCUGUAAUGUAUAGUGCACUGUAUUGUACUACCUGAGAACUGUCUAGCUUCUUUGGUGAUAGUCUUUUUAAAGCAAAUAAUCUAAUUUUUGGAUUAUUGAAAUUUUAAUGAAAAAGUUUGCACAGUAUUGUGAAAUAUGUUUUACUGAAAAAAAAGGUAGAAUGCUUUUUGUUUCUUUGUAGUUUUGGUUUAAUGAUAUUCUCAAUUUGUUUGUUUUUCCUUUUAAUUUCAUGAAAUCAUAAAAAUAAUGAAACUAUAGACUUUAUCUGUAGGCUUUUUUUUUUUAAUAGCUUGAUAGUUUUGGGAUAUGUUGUAACUAUUUGCUUAUUCUUAACCACUUAAGUCUAACGAAGACAAAAGUCAUACAGUGUAGACUGUGUGUAUGUGGGUGUUGUGCAUACUGUAUUUGUUCCCGCCGGAGUAUUAUGACGUGUACUGUACUUCCCAACAUUAGUCCAUAUAUCUGUUGGGUGUGUCUACAGCGUUCACAGUUGCUAGGGAGCAUUCUGCACCCUGGUGAUAGUGCUUAAAAUAAAGCCUACUUUUCUUUUUUAGGGUGGUGGUUGUGUUUGAUUUCUAAAUGAUAUCAAGAAAAUUUGUCUUGAGAUAUACUGUGGUAGGACAUGUGGAUACUUUCCUUGAUUACAUUGAUAAAAAUGUUCAAUAUCUUUUGAUAGUAAAUAAAGCUAUAUUUCUUAUUAUAACCAGGAUAUAAUAGUCAUAAAAGAUUUUUUUUUUUUUAUGUAUGUGCAUAAUUUUUUAGCUAAAGUACUGAAACAUUUUGUUUGUCGAAACAUGUUGCUUGCCGUGUAGCAGUUGUGACCGAGUUUACUGUGUGCUGUACUUGUAUAGCCUGUAAGUUGUAUGUAAUGUUUAGUCAGUGGGGUAAAUUUCUAUUGUUUAUGGAAAUCAAUGAAUUAAAUAUAAAUUUUUGCCAAGUAUUUUGCUGUAUCUCUGGAUUAACUGUUUCCUACAGUCCAUUUUUUGUUUAUGAAUGUUUAUAAUAAUUUUAGUGCUGACAUCAUAGGUGUUGUCUUGUGUAAAAUUAGAUAUUUAUAAAUUAUUUGGCUUUUUGCACAUAAAAAAGUCUGGAGUUUUGUUUCUUGUGCAUAAAAUGGACAAAAAAUGAAGUAUUUUCUUAAAAUCUUUUGGUUAUUGUAUUCUAAAAAUCUACUUAAUUUUUGUACCAAUCAUAAGAGUAUAUAAAAAAUAAAGCUGGUAUGUUAUCUCUGAUUUUGACACUCAUUAUAUUAAUUAUAUGUCGAGUAAACCAUCAACUUCUGUUUAUAGAGUACAGUACAUGUGUUAAUUUUAUGUAAUUGUUGUAUGUUUUGAAUUUAUAGCUUUAUAAAACCAGUAAAUUCACUCUAUGUAUUGACAAGGUAUUAAGAAAUUCCAUACAUACUGCUUGCAAAAUAUAUGUACAAUAUUCAUCAUGUUGAUUUACCCACACAUUUCGAAAGCAGUCGUUCUUGCAGAUAUGUGUUUUUGAAUACAGUAUGGCCAAAAGGGUUCGAUCAGUGAUUCUGUAAUGAAUCUGCUCUGUAUUUCUUUGAUUUUCUUGAUAUGGAAGAAAGUUAAAAACAUAACUCCAAGCUUCAUUUUACACUUUCAAUGGGCAUAACAUAUUUCACUAAAUUACAAAAUACAAAGAGACAAAUGCAGCAAUAUAUAUACUCUGUAUAUUCAUGAUGAUAAGAUAGGUGGUUACCCUGUUAACGGAGGCCAAGUAAUCUGGUCCUGCAUGCUUAUUGCUCACUUGAAGAACAAACAACAUGGUUCCAUUCAAGAUCAUUUAAUUUCUACACACACGAUCAAACCAUUUCCAAAAUGUUCCUGGCCAGCAACACCAAAAUAUUAAACAAAGUAAUAUUAUGAGGUCAGACAUAGCAGAACACCGUCAUAUCUAUUUAUCAAACAUGCUUCCAAUAAUCAACAACCAGCUUUAAACAAAUACACUACACCCUUUAAUUAUCAAGAGAGAGAACUACCAGUUUACACCUCAGUGUCCUAACCAACCAAUGAGAAUGCAGUACCAUUUUAUUUAGCUGCCUUGACAGGAUAUUCUUCUCUCUUUUCAUCAUAAACACCUGGAAUAUAUAUUGCUGUGUGGUUUCCUUUUGUAUUCACUUUUAUUUUGCGAUUAGGAUACUAAGUUUUUACCUGAACUUACCUUAGGGUCAUUAACACUAGCAGCUUUAAUGUGGACAGGAAGCCCCCCGUGAAGUUAAAUUUGAAGGUUAGUUUUUCAACUUUCUCUUUAAAUAAAGAACCUACAAAGUUUGGUGAAGAUUCGUUCUAUAAUUGUUGAUCCAAUUAUUGGCCAUAUUCAAAACCAUAUAUACAUUGUAUAUACACACAGUACAUGUGUGUGUGUACUCAUAUACAUACAUAUACUGACUGCAUAUCCUGCAUCUGAUUUUUGUUUUUGUGUGUACACUUUACUGUGAAUGACAGCCACACAGGAUUUCUAUAGGAAAACGAUUACUAUUUAAAUGUAAAGAAGUCCUUAUUGGAAAAAGCUUUUGGUAAUUUCUUGAAUUAAAACUAAUAUUGCAUAUAUUAUCCAAUUGAUGCUUAUUGUGCAUUUGUUCAGAGUACUGUGUUCUGUCUCACGUUUAAAAUAGCUAUGUUUCACAUAAUUACAGUUUUGAGGAGCAUAUGUUCCUCAAAUAUGUAAGUCAAGACUGAAGGGUGUUCCCCAUAAUUUAGUUACAAAUUGCCUGCUAUAUGACAAACCUGUACUAAAAUUUGUUACAGUAGUACAGUACAUAGUGUUUUUAGAGGUUGGGUUUGGAAGUUUAUAAUGUUCAAUAGCUUCAGAACUAAAUUAGCAAGAUACUUAGGUGAAUAUAUACGCUAAUGACCUCAUUGUAUUUACACAGCUGGAGGUAGCAAGAGCUGUCGCCUCAUUAACGGAUGCAAUAGUGACGCAGUAUUCAGAUGUACAUUUCUCUUCACAGCACUGGUAGAAAAAUAUAUUUUUUGCACUACUGGAUGACCUGUAAUGUAUAUACUUUUCUUUUGCUGUAGAACCAUCAAUCAAAUGUGUUGCUCACUUAAUGUUGUUAGUGGAAACAUUACUGAUCUUGGAAGCAUUCGGUGAAUAUUACACAGCAGAUUAUCAGUUAAAUGGAGUUGUGUUACUUCAACAUAGUUGCCAGGAUAAUUCAUGCCAAGUGAUGAUACUUGUGAUGACCAUAUUUUAUGUAUGUAUUGAGAUGACUGCUGUGAUGCACUGUAACAAAUUGCUAAUAGGAUAAGUUGUUUAGGCCAGCUGUAUAUAAUGUGUAUGAACUCAUUAUUCUUUAGUGCAUUCCGAGUACCUAUCACUGAAAAAGGUGAGCUUACUAUUAAAUGCUUGCACAAUGCAUUACUGAUAAGUCUGCUUCAUCACUUGGCUGGACUCCUCUCCAGUUAAUGCAGUAGAAUGGGAUGUGUAGCCCAUUUUUGUUUUAUUACUGUUUCCAAUUCUUCAUAUGUUAAAGACCAGGAUGUGGUGCUCUAAAUGUUAACUUGUCCAUCAUAUGUGAAAUAGAAAAAAAAUUGAUUGAACGAAAGUGUUGGCAAAUUUAGCAGUAUCUCGUUAGUACUUUACUUACUACCCACUUAAAAUGGAAUUAAUAUAAGGGCAUAUACUGUGGAAAGUAAAUAAACAAUUAAGAAAUGGCAAAUUAGUAUCGUCAAGCAAUAAGGAGUUAAGAUGGUAAUGUAGACUAGUGGGUGGGAGAAACAGUGUGAAUGAGCUUCAAGAAAACAUCAUUUUGUGGAACAAAUUGCAUAAUUUGAAUUCUCUCAUAAGUGCUUCCAAGAGUAAUAUGUAUACUGUCCAUGUGAUGAAAUUUGUUUUGAAGUUAAGAAUGGAAUAUUUUAACUUGAUAGCAUGUACUGCAUAAUGUCUUAGCAAUGGGAAUAUUCUAUAAUAAAGAGAAUAAAGAAAUACAUUUAUUGCCAUUUAGGUUGUGUCCUCCCAUUCCUUAACUUUCAGAAUGUUGUGCUUCUAUGUAAAUAAAACUGGCUCCAAAUUUA